GUCCAAGUCUCCCUAUAGUGCCUCAUCUUACUCUAGAAGUUCAUAUACUUACUCCAAGCCAAGACUCGGUUCUUCCCGCGCUCGCUCCUACUCUCGAUCAUUUAGUCGUUCCCAUUCUCGUUCCUACUCGCAAUCACCACCGUAUCCAAGAAGAGGCAAAGGGAAGAGGCAUAACUAUCGUUCUAGGUCAAGGUCACGUGGUUAUCACAGUUCAAGGUCAAGGUCACCCACAUACAGAAGAUACCAUUCAAGGUCAAGGUCUCCAGUAGUUAGAGGCCUGUCUCCCACUAAACAGGCUAUACCUCAAGGGGAAGGAGAAGGGGAGUAUUUUAACAGAUACAGAGAAGUUCCACCAUGUGAUAUGAAAGCUUAUGAUGGCAGCUCUGUUGACUUUGGACAUCCAUUUGAAAAGGAGAGAUACGAAGAAUGGGAAAGGUACUACAGAGAAUGGUAUGAAAAGUUUUACAAAGGAUAUACUGCUGGCACUCAAUCUCAACCUCCAGUGAACAGAGAGAACUUUUCUCCAGAUAAGGUUGGCCCACCUGUGACCAAACAAGAGAAUUCGCCACGUGCUCGGGAACGCAGGGAGGAUUAUCCUGGUGGGCAGAGCCACCGAAAUCGUAAUCGAUCUGGAAAUUACCCUGAAAAACCUUCUGGAAGAGAGAGCCACAGCAUCAAAGAUCCUACAAAAUCAAAAGAGAAGGAGGUGGAAAACCCACUGGGAGAUGGCAAAGGAAAUGGACAUAAAAAGCACCAGAAGAGAAGAAAAGGGGAUGAGAAUGGAGGAUUUCCCAAUGCGGAGUUGUUCGAAAGUGUGAGAAAACCAAAAGAGCUGCUUACAGCAGAAGACGUUAAAACAGACUCUCUGUUCGUGCUCCGAAGCAGAGAUGGUGCCACCCCCAUGAGAGACCACCCUAUGGAAGCAGAUUCUGUUGCUCUCAAACCUGUGUCUGAAAUGGAGAAAAAAGAGACAGAUAAGCCAAAAUCAAAACUUGACAAGACAAAACAAAAAGUAGAAGUGGCUGUUCCUCCUAAGAAAGACAGUAUCAUAAAACCAGCUAAAGCUUCUCAAGAGAUGGAGGACACCGAUGGUGAAAAGUCUUCUCGAAUGGAAUCUCCUGUGAAAAAAGCGGAGGAGUUGUCAAAGACAGACAAUGUUAAAACAUCUUCCUAUCAAAAGGAUGGGAAGGCUCUUGGUACCUCAAGGAAAGUUCACCCAAAAGUGAUGAAAGACCACCCAGAAACCAGACCAACCAAGGAGGAAAAUGCAAAGAAAGACUAUCCAAAAGAAACCAAAUUGGAGAAGCCCUCUAACAAAGAGGACAAGUCAAAAAAGCCUGCUGAAAGAAGCAAAGCUUCUGAUGCAAAACCUGAAAAAAGAAAAAGAAAAGUAGAUGAAAAGGCUGAUAAAGAACAUGAAGCCACUUCCAUAAAGGCCUCUAAACCAGAGACUGAUGAAUCGAAAACAUCACCAAUGGCACAGACUAAGCCUGAUAGUGAAAAAGGAGAGCAAACUCCAGAAAAGGUUAAAUCUGCUCUUCUUAACAACCCCCCAAAAAAGAUUAAACUUAACCAAGAAACUGGCAAAGAGGUUGCGAGUGGAGAAAAUGUGCCCCUUGCAAAAGAACCUGUUGAGAAACCUGAGCCGAGCAGCAGCAAAUUUAAACAAGAAAAAGCGAAGGGAAAAGUGAGAAGAAAAGUAACAGCAGCUGAUGGAUCUUGUUCAGCUCCUGUAGAUUACACCAGCCCUAGUUCUACUGGAGGAAGCCCUGUUAGAAAGACUGAAGAAAAGCCAGAUAAAAAACGAACUGUCAUUAAAACCGUCGAGGAGUAUGGUAAUGAUGAUGUAACAGCCCCUGCUGAAGGUGUCAUUAUUGCAAUCCAGGUCCCUCAGUCAAAGUGGGAUAAAGAUGACUUUGAGUCUGAAGAGGAAGACAUUAAAUCUACCCAGGUGCCUGCAAAUGUAGGAAAACCUGCUACUGUUGUAAAAAACGUGAGUGCUAAGCCACCAAACCCUGCAAAACAGAAUGAAAAAGAGACGGAUGCUUUGGAGGAAACACAGAAAACUACAAAAGCAGCAAGUUGUGAAAGCUCCCAGCAAGAUGCAAAAAGUCCAAAAGGUUUGAUGUUAUAUGAAAAAGGAAAAACCAAAGACCAGGAUCAUUCUUUGUCAGACAAGGACACGUCUCAGAAGAGAACAAGCAGUGUUCAGCGAGAAGAAGACCGCUCAGAACAUGCAACUGCACAAGGAAAUGGAAAAAAUAUUUCUCAGUCUUCCGAAGACCACAGAUCUUCAGAGAAAGAGAACGUGACUGGACAAAACUAUAAAAGUGUUGUCAAGCCCAAGCCUCAGGUAAGCAGCUCCUCAUGGCUCUCUUCUGAUCUAACUCAAGAGGCUGGUGAGGCUGUAUUUGGACCAGACUACAAUGAAAGUGAAAAUGAGAGUAAUGUAUCUGCAAAAAACGGGGAAGCUGCAGGAAAAAUUCCUAAAGAACUGAAAGAAAAGGCUGUUGAUAAGGUGGAAGAGGAUGCAGCAGCACCCGCUGCAGCUGACCAGCCUGAAGCAAGCAGAAGUCAAAGUCAAAGCAGUUCCAGUGUCAGCCACAGCUGUCAUCAAAGCCCUCCGGAGGGUCAGACUCGAAGCCACAGCAGCAGUGCCAGCUCAGGAAAGAGUCAAGGUGGCAAGAAAAAGAAAAAGAAAAAAGAGAAGAAGCAGCACAAGAAGCAUAAGAAACACAAGAAACAUAAGAAACACAUUGGAAAAGAAACCGAAUUGGAAAAAAGCCAAAAACACAAACACAAGAAGAAAAAAUCGAAGAGCGAUAAAGAUAAAGAUAAAGAUAAAGAUAAAGAUGACCAAAGCAUGAAAUCUGUCACACCAUAG